ACCGAGCUGCCCGGCGGCAACGUGAGUGCCAACCAGAGCGCCUCCGACCCCACGUUGUCGAGGGACGUGUGGAUGGUGGGCAUGGGGAUCCUCAUGUCGGUGAUCGUGCUGGCCAUCGUCUUCGGGAACGUGCUAGUGAUCACCGCCAUCGCCCGGUUCCAGCGCCUUCAGACUGUCACCAACUACUUCAUCACCUCUCUGGCCUGCGCUGACCUGGUGAUGGGGCUGGCCGUGGUGCCCUUCGGCGCUUGCCACAUCAUCAUGGAGAUGUGGAAGUUUGGGAACUUCUGGUGUGAGUUCUGGACCUCCUUGGACGUGCUUUGUGUCACAGCCAGCAUUGAGACUCUUUGUGUCAUUGCCGUGGACCGGUACUUUGCCAUCACCUCCCCUUUCAAGUACCAGAGUCUGCUGACCAAGAGCAAGGCACGUGUGGUCAUCCUUGUGGUGUGGGUGGUCUCUGCCCUCACCUCUUUCUUGCCCAUCCAAAUGCACUGGUACCGGGCAGACCGUGACGAGGCCAUCUUGUGCUAUGAAAAGGACACGUGUUGUGACUUCUUCACCAACCAAGCCUAUGCCAUUGCCUCCUCCAUCAUCUCCUUCUACCUGCCGCUCGUGGUCAUGGUAUUCGUGUAUGCCAGGGUCUUCCAGGUGGCCAAGAAGCAGUUGCAGAAGAUAGACAGGAGCGAGGGAAGGUUUCACACCCAGAACAAGGAGCAGGAGCAGAAAGGUGGAGCUGGACACCGCCGUUCCUCCAAGUUCUUCCUGAAGGAGCACAAGGCCCUCAAGACCCUGGGCAUCAUCAUGGGCACCUUCACUCUGUGUUGGCUGCCCUUCUUCAUCGUCAACAUCGUGCACGUAAUCCAGGACGACAUCAUACCCAAGUACGUGUACAUCCUCUUGAACUGGCUGGGCUAUGUCAACUCUGCCUUCAAUCCUCUGAUCUACUGCCGGAGUCCGGACUUCAGGUAUGCGUUCCAGGAGCUCCUGUGCCUCCGCAGGUCCGCCCUGAAGAUGUAUGCCAACGGCUACUCAAACAGCAACGGCAAGAGCGACUACAACGAGGAGGACAACGGCUACCCCUUGACAUCGGAUAAAACCUGCGAGCUGCUGUGCGAGGAGGGCUCCUUCCCGCACCCCGAGGAGUUUUUGCACUGCAAAGGUACCGUGUGGAGCGGGUGGCGGCCGGGAGGGUGCUGGCGGUAUUUGGGGCUGUGCGGAAAGCUCGUCCCCAGAGGAACUUCCUGGCCGUGGCCGGUGUUAAACUUGACCUUACCGUAG